AUGGCAGAGACUGUUGAUGAAGAUUCUGGAGUGGGACGAUCAGUAGAGCAGAGUUCUAAUGGACAACACAGUCAAUCAGGAGAAGCACUCUCAGAGUGGCGGUCUGCUGGUCAAGUGGAGAAUGGGACUCCAUCAACAUCGCCCCCUUACUGGGACAGCGAUCAGGAUGAUGAUCAUGGCCUGAAACCUUUUGAAUUAUUUGGAAAACAUAAAUGGAAGAUUGAGAAAUUUUCGGAAAUCAACAAAAGGGAGCUCCGUAGCAGUGUUUUCGAAGCUGGUGGCUACAAAUGGUAUAUUUUAAUUUAUCCACAAGGAUGUGAUGUUUGCAAUCAUCUCUCCUUGUUUCUCUGUGUUGCAAACCAUGAUAAACUUCUUCCAGGCUGGAGUCAAUUUGCUCAGUUUACUAUAGCUGUGGUGAGUAAGGAUCCAAAGAAAUCGAAGUUUUCAGAUACGCUGCACCGGUUCUGGAAGAAAGAGCAUGACUGGGGAUGGAAAAAGUUUAUAGAGUUAUCUAAGUUAAAGGAUGGGUUCAUAGAUGGUGACUCUCUUACGAUUGACGCCCAAGUUCAGGUGAUCAGGGACAGGGUGGACCGACCUUUUCGCUGCCUUCAUUGUGAGUAUAGGAGAGAGCUUGUUAGAGUUUAUUUGACAAACGUAGAGCAUAUCUGCCGACGUUUUAUUGAAGAGAAAAGAAGUAAGCUUGGGAGGUUGAUAGAGGACAAGUCAAGAUGGACGAGCUUCGGUGUUUUCUGGUUAGGGAUGGACCAAAACUCUAGGCGUCGGAUGUCUAGGGAGAAAAUUGAUGUACUCCUAAAAGGAGUUGUAAAACAAUUUUUCGUAGAGAAGGAAGUUACAUCCACUUUGGUGAUGGAUUCCUUGUAUACUGGGCUGAAGGCUCUUGAAGGCCAAACUAAGAACAAGAAAGCUAGGUCAAGACUGUUAGAUGCCAAGGACUUGCCAGCUCCGAUUGUUUGUGUGGACAAAGAUAUGUUUGUAUUAGCUGACGAUGUGCUGUUACUCCUAGAGAGAGUUGCUCUAGAACCAUUGCCUCCUCCAAAAGAUGGGAAAGUUCCUCAAAACCGUACAAAGGAUGGCAAUGAUGGAGAAGAGAUCAACAAGGAAGCCGUUGAGCGUGAUGAGACAAGUUUAACUGAGUUAGGUAGACGAACUUUGGAGACAUAUGUUCUUGCCCAUAUCUUCUGCAGCAAAAUCGAGGUUGCAUAUCAAGAAGCUGUUGCGCUAAAAAGGCAGGAAGAACUAAUUCGUGAGGAAGAGGAAGCGUGGUUGGCAGAAACUGAACAGAGGGCCAAAAGAGGAGUAGCCGAGAGGGAGAAGAAAUCCAAGAAGAAACAGGCUAAACAUAAACGGCACAAAAAUAAAGGGAAGGACAAAAAGAAGGAAGAAAAGCUGAGUUUUGUAACACAUGAGAAAGAUCUCGAGGGAAACCAACAUGAUGAGGAAGAGAAGGAUUCUGUCACAGAGAAAGCACAAUCCUCAGCUGAAAAGCCCGAUCCUCUUGGAGAUGUGUCUGACGUAUCUGAUUCUGCGGAUGGUUCGGCUGACAUUCUUCAACCUGAUUUAGAAGAUGGGGACAGUAGCUCUGUUCAAUGGGAUACUGACGCCCUCGAAAUUCAUCCUCCUCCAUCAGGAGGGAGCAGCAGAGGAAGAGACAUCUCCAUAUCUACGCCCAAUGGAAUUGCCGAAAGAAAGAAUCAGUCCAGUAUGGAUGAUAGUUCUUCGACUUGUUCUAAUGAUUCCAUCGUGUCGGGUAUUACCAUUGGGUCCUACAAAGGGAAUGCCUUGAGUUUCAGAAACCAGAAGUCGCCGAACAAAGGAAACCAACAAGUGAAAGUGACAUCUGAUGCCCGCAGUGAAACAGAUGAUCAACCCUCAACACUUGAGACGGACCCAAAGAGUCAUAAUUAUCCUUCCGAGGCGAGCAACAUUGGUGAAUCUGAUUGGGUUGUUGUCUCACGCAUCCAUGAGCCAGAGAGAUCUCGGAAUAGUAGUCCCUUUGGGAAGCAGGAACGCAACGUGGCUCAAAUCAUGGUGAACUCGGUUGACAUGGAUCGACCUAAAGAGAAAAGCGCUGCUGUGCUUUCUUCUCCCAGAACUCCUGCCAAGAAUCCUUCGCCAUUAACCCAUACAAAGCCGGAGAAAAAGAGCGUUUCAAGUGCAGACGCUGUUCCAUACAAGAAAGUAGUUUCAGCAACUGGACCACCUUCAUCAAGUCAAGCAGUACAGCCAUGUUUGGAUAUUCAUAUUCAGUCGCAAACUGCUGGUCUCAGAGCUGAUAUGCAAAAGAUCUCUGCUCAAAAACAACCAGCAACGACAACUAUAUCAAGGCCUUCUAGUGCACCAAUAAUCCCUGCGAAGCAACCUGCCCCUUUCACCGUCUCCUCCUCGGUUCAACCAACGACAUCCCUUCCUCGUUCGGUUAGCUCAGCUGGUCGUCUAGGCCCCGAUCCAUCCCUGCACAGCCAGCAAACUUUCGUCCCUCAGUCCUAUAAACACGCCAUAGUCGGUAACUCUCUUGGUUCAUCACCAUCUAGUUUCAACCACCACCCGAGCCCGAGCUCUCAUGGAGUUGUCCCAACCACAUUGCCAUCAUCAUCUUACUCACAAACGCCGACAUCCUCCUAUCAGCCAAGCUUCCCUUUCAGCCAGGAUGUGUGGACAGGAAGGAAUCCAAAUUCCGUAAACAUGGGGAUGAACAACAACACUUACACACUUGCCGUGACCAGCAACAGAUCUCUGAAUCACAUGGACGUUCACCAGAUGGCGCAGCAGCAACAGGCACAAAGCUUGAUGACGGACGAUUUCCCUCACCUCGACAUCAUCAACGACUUGCUGGAAGACGAGCAGUGCAGCAACAUGAUGUUUAACGGAAGCAUGUACAACUCACAACCACCACCCCAAGUGUUCAACGGCCAAUACUCGUCGUACCAUGGAGGUGAUAUAGGUGUCUCAGGUGAGUUGUUGUCUAGUGGUGGCAGGUCACGGAGUUUUGGAGAAGAAGGGUUCCAUUACAUGCCACGCGUCGCUGCAGUGGGACCGUAUGCAGAUGGGAUGAUGUCGACACAGUGGCGAAUGCCGAACACAGUGGACUUGUCUUUGUUACCAAUGAGGAACAACAGCUUGGAAGAUGCAAAUUACCACCACACAUACUUUGGUAUGGAGUCUACGAAUCCGAGUUUCUCGCCUGGGAUUAAUAAUGGCUUCACUGAGUUCAGGCCCUCCAAUGGUCACUGA